CAUUGAUUAUUGCAGAAUUAAUUAUUUGAUGAUUAAUUUGCUUGUUUUAACAAUUGUUAUUUGGAAAGAAAUCAAAUGUUUUAUCAACUUUAUAUCAUUAUUUGGUAUUGCUAAUAUAAUUAGAUUUAUUUCCCUCAAUUUGCCAAUUUAACAUUGCAGAAAUCAUUAAGUCAUUUCUUUUAUGUCAGAUCGUGACAUACAGGAAAUCCUGCUUCAAACAUGAAUGUAUUCAGUAGGAAUUUAUUGUUUAGAGUGUAGAUUUUAGUCACUGUUGUGUGUCGUCCUUUGUAACCACAAAGAAUUUCCUGCAGUAAGAUCAAUCCAUUAGUGACAUAAUGAAUGUUUUCUUAAUAAAUUAAAUUUAUCCGAUAAAGAUAACUGUAAUUAAAAUUUCUACAUUAUAGAUUGAUUUGAAAUCUUAAUUAUUAGAAAAUCAAAGUACACUUGACAAAUUCAACUAGACAUUGAAUCAAAAAGAAACUAAACAGUUUAUGAGAUAGUCUAUUGUUUUAUGCUAAAUUGUCUUGAUUUCAAACUAAUUUUUAAAAUAUUACAAAAUAUUAAAUUAUUGUUAAAUAUAUAAAUAUAAAUUUCACCUAUUAAACUUUAACAUGGUAAGGAAUUAGAAAUAUAAAUUAUUUCUUCUAGAAAGCAUGAUUUUACAUUUUUGUUUUAAUAGCUUUGGUGUUAUUUUUCAAAUAAUCGGGAAACUAAGAAGAAUGUUAAUUUUAUAUUAUCGGAUUUAAUUUUCCGAUAACCAGUUAACGAAAACUUCGGCAAAAAAAUAAAUAAGUUAUAACGAGUUUUAACUUAAUUAAGCGAUAUGCCUGUAGGUUCAUAUAAAUUUUAAAAAUGGUCUUCCCCAGCAAAUCAAGUCGUUGACCGAUCAUAUCGUAACUACGAAAGGAAGUGGAAGUUUAAUUAUAUAUAGUAAAACAUCAAUCAUAUUGCGACUUUCAAACGGUAUUAUCUCUUUUACAGCUGUAAAUAAACCGGUUUAUUUGUAUGGCGAGAAACUUGUUUCUUGGGUUUUCAAAACCAGAACGAGAAGCACGGUUUCGAAUUAUCGGAAAAAGUGUAGAAGUGUUGUGAUUAAAUUUCAAUAUUCCCCCUCGGAGGGACGGUAGAAUGGAUAUUGUUAACUACUGCGCAACUUGUAUCAUGCUUCGUAAAACGUUAACAAUAAUCAGUUGGCGCCUGUGCAAUAAACACACAGGGGAUGCUUAGAAAUAUUCGGAAUGUAGAACAUUUUUCUUCGACCUCUAAUGUGGAAUUAAGGAAAUAGAACUGACUGUCCUUGUACCGUAUCAGGAGCAAAAGAAAAAUUGCCUGAAUUAAGGAAGAGGCCACUGGAAAGGAAAAGAACCACCUGCCAAGUUAAUGGAUGAGGAGAUAACGCAACCUCAAGUUCAAAGUUCCGUUAGAUGCGUUUCAGUACGACUCGUCCUCAGUUAUUUUAACUCCUGACGUACCAGUCUGAUGAGGUGAACAUCCCACUAGAAUCGCUAUACAGAAUAAGAAUGACAGAAACAAUAUCCAGGGGAAAUGUACAAGCUUUAAGAAAUUUCUUUGCUCAACAUUUUGAAUCAAUGAAAGCAAAUACUCAGCCAAGAAAUAAAAAUCAGAAAAGCAAAAACUUUGUAAAAUCAUCUGCAUCAAAUUUAAGUACUUCAAAACAAGAUAUUAGGAAUUUAGAUAUACCUUCUAUUUCAAGGUCACUUUCUGUCUUUGAUUUGCCAAACAAUGUAAAACUUCCAGCAUUUUGUAAAAAUCAAAAAACAACCAACAAGCCAAAUGAAGAAUCAGUCAAGAGUAGAGAAGUUGGUUUAGAUACUUUAUCAAAUGAUAGUGGUGUGGAAGAAAAUUAUGAAAGUAGUCCAUCAGGAGAUUGCAGACAAUCUUCCAUUUUUCAAAACAGACUAUGCAGUGAAAGUUAUAGCAGUGAUUGUGAAAAUGAUAACAAAUCACCCACAGUCAAUAUUAUAAAGCCUUCACUAAUCAAACAUGAAAAUUCAUUAAAAAGAACAGAUAAUCAAAGAAAUGUAAUGACAGUGUGGAAUAGAACUUAUGAAGUGGAUAUAAAUCAAGAAAUUGAAAAAAGACUAUCUAGUUCCCCUCAGAAGUUGUUUUAUUCUGAAGUUUUUAUUAAUAAUAAUUACGUGUGUAAAGCUCAAUAUAAAAGAACUAAACUUCCUCCUCUAGAUGUGUUGGGUCCUCCACCACCUAAACCAGUUAAGCCAUCUAAUAUUACUGUUUUAUUUCCAUUAAAAAUGAAAUGUAAUAUAGAGAAACCAUUAAUUUCAAAGAAACCUUCAAGAUUACCUCCUCCUCCACCACUUCCAUCUGCUAAUAAAAUUGAACAAAUGUCCAUUACUGCUACAGAUGUUACUAAUAACUCCACUAGAUGUUACAAUAAUAGAAAACAAAAACAGUUUUGGAGAGAGAAUGAUUUAGAAAAUUUCGAUAGUAUUUGGAGUGGAUCAGAAAUUAGAAAUAAUGAAUUAUCUCCACCAAUACUUCCUCCUAAAAAGUUCAGUUAUCAUUUACCACAGAACAAAAAUGAAAACUUUUCAGAUAAUAAUUUGCUUGAAGAAUUAUAUCAAGAUACACAGGUAAACGAUGAUAAAAUAUAUGAAGAAAUGCCUUUUUCUAAUUAUGAAUUUCAAGUAUACAGCAAAGGAAGGAAAAGAAGUAAAAGUCAGAGAGAAUUAUUAAAAGAUUUACAAAAGGAACAAAAAGAACACGAAAGGAGAGAAAGAGAAUUGGAUAAAAGAAGAAAAAAAUUUGGUUUAACAGGAGAUGAAAUUCCAUUAGAAAAAGGUUAUGUAAAAAGUGAUAGAAGAGGAAGUCAGAAUGAUUUAACUGUUAAGAAAGGAGAUAUACUAUUAAUUCUUAGAAUGGAAAAUAAUCCAGUUGGAAGAUGGCUUGUGCAAAAUGAUAAAGGAAAAAUUGGAUAUGUGGAAUUGGAUAAUAUAAAAAUGGAUGCUAAUUCAAUAAAAACAGUCAUGAAAGAAAGAAGAAGUUCUAUGGGAAGCAAAGAUGGCAGAACAUACAGUGUUUCCAGUUCUGAAGCUGUUUAUGAAGAAGCUUGUUGAUGAAGAGUGUAAAUAGCAAGAUUAUCAAUAAAAUAUCAACAAUUUAA